UGGACUGCUAAUGCAUUCUGGGACGCACAAUUGCACCUUCCACCCGAUGCUAAGCCGCUUGUGUUCAUCCUGUAUGCCGACAAGGCCAAACUAUCUUCUUUUGGAACCAAGAAGGGCUACCCAAUUGUUGUGCAGAUUGCAAAUUUGCCUGUUGAGAUUCACAAUGGUAUGGGUGUAGGUGGCGGACGAGUUGUUGGUUGGUUGCCGAUUGUUAAAGAAGAUCCAAAACAUAGCAAAAAAAAGAGUUUUGUGAACUUCAAGAACACGGUCUGGCACAAGUCAUUCCUCAAGCUACUCGAGGCAGUCAUAGUACACUCGAAGAGUGGAUAUUGGUUUGAAUGUUGGGACUACAUACAACACCUUCUUUGGCCUUUAAUAUUGAUUCUAAGCACCAAUUACGAGGAACAGUGUGUUAUGUCCUUAGUUCGGGGACUUAAAGGCAAAUUUCCGUGUCCGGUUUGCUUGGUUCCUCAAGAACAGCAAUCAGUAUUGUUGUAUGCACAUCCAUUACGCACAAGUACUCAGUCUCUUGACAUUCUCAAUGCAGCAAGAUCAACAUCAACAGAAAAGGAAAAGGAGAAACAACUCAAGGCAUACUCACUGUGUGACGUCGAG